ACAAAGCUGGUUUAACCACCUUUCUGCGUAACACACCACCUAUUUUUGUCGAUCUGCCAUUUUGUUCAGCUGCAGGAAGAUAGUUUCUCCAACAUCUAGGCCGAUUCAGCGUUUGGUAAAACCUACAACUUCAGAAACACACAGAAAAUGGCAGAGAGAAGCUGUGAGAUUCCUGUGGACAAUCUGACAACAGACAAACCGCACAAAUGUGACCAGUGCGACUAUUCCACUGCACGGAAAUGCCAUUUUAACCGACACAUUGUGGCUAAACACUCUGGUGAGAAACCCUACAUGUGUGGGGUGUGUGGAUUCAGGACAGCUUACAAGCCUGCUCUAAUCAAGCAUAUGUGGACCCAUACUGGUAAGAAACCCUACAAAUGUGACCAGUGCGACUUUUCUGCUGCACGGAUAUGCGAACUUAACCGACACAUGGCUAAACACACCGGGGAAAUUAAACCCUACAAAUGUGACCUGUGCGACUAUGCUGCUGUACGGAAACACCAUUUUGAGCAACACAUGUCUAAACACACUGGAGACAAACCCUACAUGUGUAGGAAGUGUGGAUACAGGACAGCUCACAAGUCUACUCUAUCCAGGCACAUAAGAACCCAUACUGGUGAGAAACCUUACAAAUGUGACCAGUGCGACUAUUCUGCUUUACAGAAUAGCCAUUUAAAGCAACACAUUAUGGCUAAACACAAUGGAGACGAACUCUACAUGUGUGGGGAGUGCGGAUACAGGACAGCUUACAUGUCUCACCUAAUCCUACAUAUGAGGACCCAUACUGGUGAGAAACCCUACAGAUGUGACCAGUGCGACAAACUCUACAUGUGUGGGGAGUGCGGAUACAGGACCGCUCAAAGGACCACUCUUUUACUGCAUUUGAGGACCCACACAGGAGGAAAACCCUACAAGUGUGACCAGUGUGACUAUUCUGCUGCACAGAAAUGCCAUUUACAGGAACACAUGGCUAAACACACUGGAGACAAACGCUACGAAUGUGAUCAUUGUGACUUUUCUGCUGUAGAGAAAAAGUAUUUAGACUCACACAUAGUUAAACACCAUAUAUUCAAACCCUAUAUGCUGUAGUAAGUAGUAGUAAGCCCGUUAUUUAAACUCGAAAGCUUGUUCGGUUCAUACAUACGACCGCUUUUCAACAAGGUGGAGGGUG